AUGGUGAAGAGUGCAGGUUGUUGUUGUUCUGGUAAAGGCAUUGUGGUUGAUCCAGCUGGUGUAACUGGUGUUCUUAUGAUGAAGGCCUAUCUCAUGGCACAUGAUUUGUGGAGGGUAGUUCAAGAAGGUUAUGUUGAAACAAAAUUGCUUGAUAAUGCUACUAUAGCUCAGAUCAAGUCUCAUACUGAUGUUUACACUAAAAAUUUCCAAGCACUUAACUUUAUACACUCUGCUAUACAUAAGACUAUUUUUCCAAGGCUAGUGGGUGCAAACACAGCCAAGGCUGCGUGGGACAUGUUGCAGGAGGAGUUCCAGGGUAGUACUAGAGUGAGGCAGCAGAGAUUGUUGACUCUGAAGAGAGAGUUUGAGAUGUUGAAGAUGAAAGGGAGUGAUUCUCUUAAAGAUUACUCAAAUGAAGUUUAUGGUGAAGAUGUGAAGGACCAUAAAGUUGUGGAGAAAAUUCUCAUUAGCUUACCUAAGAGGUUUAAAGCUAAGGUUUCAGCUAUAGAAGAGUCAUAUGAUUUGAGCCAACUCACUAUAACUGAACUUUGUAGUAAACUUCAAGCACAUAAGCAGAGGAAUUCUUUCAGAAAUGAAGAUGUCACUGAAGGAGCCUUUCAAGCAAGGCAUAAAGGGAAGCAGACUUCAGCUUCCAAGGAUGGCAAGAAGAAGUUCAAUGAGAAGGGUUGGAAAGGGAAGGCAGCUGAAGGUGCCAGUUCAGAUGAUUCUGGAAAGGAAAAAAAGUUUCCACCUUGUCCACAUUGUGGGAAAACCAAUCAUCCAGAGAAGACAUGGUGGGAGAAGUAUGGUAAGCCCCAAAUUCAAUGCAGGUUUUGCAAGAAGUUUGGGCACAUUGAGACAUUUUGCAAGCAAAAACAAAACUCAGGCCAAUCUGAAAAUUCUUCUCAGCGAGCUAAUUUCUCUAAUGAUCAGCAGAAGCAACAAUAA